CGGCUUUUGGCGACGUGGUGCCUUUCUUUUUUUUCUGCUCUACACUCUUUUAAACUUUUCAAUCAAUGGACUACUCUAUCGCAAACCCUACAGAAUACGUCUCAGCACCCAUUGAGCAUCGUUUUGAACCUUAUGAUGAUAAUGGCGGGACGAGUUUGGCUAUUGCUGGCAAGGACUUUUGCGUCGUUGCCUCAGAUACCCGACAAAGCACAGGCUACAGCAUUAACUCACGAUACGCACCGAAAGCCUAUGAAUUGGGCGACAAUGCCGUAAUCGCCAUGAACGGUUUUCACGCCGACGGUUUGACGUUGAAGAAAGUGUUGGAGCAAAGAAUGAAGUGGUACAAGUUUGCACACGACAAGAACAUGUCUGUCACAGCAUUGGCACAGAUGCUCUCUAUUACGCUCUAUCAAAAACGAUUCUUCCCUUACUACAGUUUCUGCUGUAUGGGUGGUGUGGACGAGGAUGGUGUUGGCGCUGUGUACUGUUAUGAUGCUGUUGGUUCAUCCGAACGUGAGAACUACCGUGCAAACGGAUCAGCAGCUUCGUUGAUCCAGCCAUUCUUGGAUAACCAGGUUGGGCGUAAGAAUAUGGCCAACUCAAAGUACACACCGAUGGAACUGGACAAGGUGAUUUCGGUCGUCAAGGAUGCAUUCACAUCAGCUACCGAGCGUGAUAUCUACACCGGUGAUUGCCUGCAGAUCUUUAUUAUCCGGAAAGGACAGCCUGUGGAAACCCAGCACUAUCCCCUGAAGAGAGAUUAAUGCGGUUUAGCACCAUAAUAACGAAUGAAUAAACACGCCACAUAUCAUCAUCAUCCCUUUUCCACAUCAUCAACCCGGUUUUAUUUCUUUAGCAAAACGAUAGGAUCGUGAGGGUGCAGCAUUAGACUUUACGUAGGGGACGUAAUUCAGAGUGUAUGUAUGUCUGUAUGGUAACUUGAUUUAAGUUUGAGAAACAGUAAAUCAAGAAUAAUUACUACUUUUUG